AUGCAGCACCGCCCCACACCUACAGCUGCCUUCAACACCACCACUAUUACUACUGAUCAUAUCCAACAGUAUUUGGAUGAAAACAAGGCACAGAUCUUGAACAUUUUGGAAAAUCAGAGUACAGGAAAGUUCAGUGAAUGUGCAGAAAACCAAACAAGGCUACAUCACAAUCUCAUGUAUUUGGCUGCAAUAGCCGACUGUCAACCAAAGUCAUCUUCUACUCAACUCCAGCAACAACAAUUGCAACAAAUGGUCCCCAAUUCCCAUAUGGUAGCUCAAUCACACAGUGUUCCCUCAGCAACCACCCUUUACAAUGAUACAGCAGCAACAACAACACGUGUUAUAGAGCCAGCUUGGCAUUGGCAGUGGGAUUCAGGCCCCACGAAGUGGAAGUGGGACCAGCAUGGAAGAAUUAAAAUUGUGAAUAUUGGGACAAUUAUUAAGUCAACUGUUAUCUCUAUUUAUCAAAUGAACUCAACAAAAUUGUGCACGGGAAGGGCAUCAACAGAUACCCUUCUCGAGAAAUUUACAGUAGCUGAAGACAUGGUUGCUGUUCAAGAAGAAGAAGAAGAUGAUGAAAUGAAACUGGAAAAGUCAAAGAACUUGGUCAAACUUCCGACCACACUUGCCUCCAUUGAAUCCUUGACCUUUCCUUUAAUUCAGGAAGUUGUUUUAAUGGCGGAUUUUCGAUGCAAAAUGUGUCAAGAUAGAGUUGCAAAUAUUGUUUCCAAAUUUAACGAUAAGUGUUUCCUUUUUCAAGAUUUCUUGAUUUUCCGGUGGCCGGUUUUUUUUGCCACCGUUGUACAGGCUAGAGACACCACAAUGGCUAGCCGUUGA